GCGAUACGGAUGGCACUAAGGAGUUAUCUCCAUUUGGUUAUGCAGACAUUGGGUCAAACAAUCAUCUGUCAUGGUCCGCCUUUAAUGAUUUAUCCAAAUGUCAACACACUGUUGCGGUCCGAGUCCACACACUUCUUAUUUCUAACAAUUACUGCAUGUUUAUGUGGGCGUCCUGUCCCGUAAAUUAAUAGGACAUAACAGGGUUUUGGACUACGUUGAGUACACAUUAUGACCUCUGUUUGUGCCAAAAAACUACUUUGCUAUCUUUCAAUUGGUAUUUUAUCUCUGUUCAUCUGUACAGAAUGCUCCAGCGCUACGGUGAGGCUGGCGGGCCGCGAUUCGUCGCGUUGCUCCGGCCGAGUGGAGGUCCUCCACAGCGGCAUCUGGGGCACCGUUUGUGACGACCACUGGAACAUGGCCAACGCCCAGGUGGUGUGUCGCGAGCUGCAGUGCGGUUCCGCACUGGCCAUCCGGAAAGCCGCGUACUAUGGCCAGGCCAAGGACCGAAUCUGGUUGGAUGACGUGCAGUGCACCGGAAGCGAACUGUCCAUCCUCAAGUGCCAGCAUAGGCCCUUGGGGGAGAACAACUGCGGUCACAGCGAAGAUGCCGGUGUGGUCUGCUCGGAUCACGUGCGAGUGAUCAACGGAAGCAAUCGGUGUAACGGCCGACUGGAGCUCUUCCUGGACGGCCACUGGAACAAAGUGUGCGCUGACCUGGGCGUGCCCGAAUCCAAGGUGGUGUGCAAGGAGCUCAACUGUGGAAAUCCUCUGGUUUCUGCUGAAAACCUGUAUUUUGGAGAAUCGCGCGACCUCUUAGGGAUGAAAACCACCUGUUCGGGCAACGAGAGCUCCAUCUCGCAAUGCUCGCACAAGUCCAUCAGAGACCACUGCGUUGAUGCCACCGCUUCCUGCUACAACAGCCAACCCAUUCGUCUGGUCAACGGGACCAACCGCUGCUCGGGCCGAGUGGAGCUCUUGUACUCGGACCAGUGGGGGACGGUGUGCGACGACAAAUGGGGUAUCCAGGAGGCGACCGUGGCAUGCCGCGAGAUGGGCUGUGGGGCUCCCCUGGAAGUCAAGUACAAGGCCUUCUUUGGCAGCGGCGACGAGCAAACGUGGCUGGACGAUAUGGAGUGCACAGGCCAGGAGAAGUCGCUAAGUGAGUGCUCGCACAGAGGAUUUGGGGAGCACGACUGCAGCCAUAGCGAGGAUGCCGGCGUCAUAUGUUCAGAAACACUCCGACUGACCAACGGGAGCUCACUCUGCUCGGGCCGCCUGGAGGUCCGCCACAACAACGAGUGGGGCAAGUUGUGUGAUCACAACUGGGGCACCAAGGAGGCCAUCAUGGUAUGUCAGGAGCUCAACUGCGGAGGUCUUAACAAAUCCAUCGAGUACUUCGGCGAAAGCCAGCUCAGGAAAUACAGGGGGACCUGUCCGAGUGGUGCCACCUCAUUCUCUCAGUGCAGCGUCCAGGAAACCACCGAGAAGUGCCAAGGGGUUUCGCUUUCAUGUGUGGGCACUCCCACAGUACGGCUCGUCAACGGCACGGACCGAUGCUCGGGCCGAGUGGAAUUCUACCACGAUGGCGUUUGGGGGACGGUGUGUGACGACUCGUGGGACAUUCGAGACGCUCAAGUGGUGUGCCGAGCCAUGGACUGCGGCACGGCCAUGACGGCCAAAUCAGGUGCCUAUUUUGGCGAAGGCGCGGGAGAAAUCUGGCUGGAUGACGUGGAAUGCGUGGGCAACGAGUCGUCUUUGAGCAACUGCGCGCAUUCAUCCUUCGGCGAUAACAACUGCAAUCACGGCGAAGACGCUGCAGUGAUGUGCUCAGCAACCAUCAGACUGAUAAAUGGUACCAACCAGUGUUCGGGACGGGUGGAGGUCCACCAGCAAGGCCACUGGUGGUCGGUGUUCAACCCCCAGUGGGGGCUGCAUGAAGCGGCAGUAGUGUGCCGGGAGAUGCACUGCGGCGAUCCCGUGAAGGUGUCGGGCUCUUUCGGGCAAAGUGGUGCCGUACAUGUGUACAAAAUUGGCUGCAACGGGAGGGAGACUUCAAUCACGCAGUGCUCAUUGCGGGAGUAUGUUCGAAGUGGCCACGAUCUCGCCGAGGAGGCAUCUGUCCAAUGCUCAGGCAACGUGAGGUUGACCGGUGGCCACAACCAUUGUACAGGGAGGGUGGAGUUCUACAACAAUGGCCGCUGGGGGGACGUCUGCAGUGAAAUGUGGGACAGCAAUGAUGCGGCGGUGGUGUGCAAGCAGCUGAAUUGCGGCACUGUCCAUAAGAUCACUUCAGGGACGGAGUACGGCCCCGGCUCGGGACACGUCUGGAUCGAGCAGAUCGAAUGCAGCGGGAUGGAGUCCACGUUGGCGCAGUGCGCGCAAAGUUCCUUCCAGGAGAGAUCGUGCAACACCACGUCACUCGCCGGUGUCAUCUGCUCAGACAGCUUGGAAGUGCGCUUGGUGAACAGUGACGUUGAGUGCACGGGCAGAGUGGAGGUCCAGCACGACAACGCGUGGCACUCGGUGUGCGACGACCACUGGGACCUUGCUAAGUCCGACUUGGUGUGCGAUCAUUUGCAGUGCGGUCGCGUGGUGAGCGUCCAUGGCGGCGCCCAUUACGGCCAAAGCAGUGGGCCCGUGGUGGAGGCCAGUGAUGCCUGUUUCGCCAAUGCCACCACUCUUCACCAGUGCUCGUUCAAGGGUUUCACCAGGUCAACGUGCGAGCAUGAUCAUGACGUGGGUGUUUCUUGUGCAGAAAAGAUACAGCUGGUUGACGGCUGGAGUGGAUGUUCCGGUCGGUUGGAGGUGUUCCACGGCGGCUUGUGGGGGACUGUGUGCGACGAUGAGUGGGUGCUGACCGCUGCCGAUGUGGUGUGCCGACAGCUAGGCUGUGGCCAUGCCGUGUCGGCCCCCUCCAACGCGCACUUCGGGUGGGGUACUGGCCCAAUAUGGCUGGACAACGUGGUCUGCGAAGGUCAGGAGUUGGCCAUCACACACUGCACUCAUCAGGGUUUCGGGGAAAAUAACUGUGGACACUCUGAGGACACUGGAGUCAUCUGUUUGGGCGCUCUGGAGAAGCCUCAGAUCACAGUGAGUCCAUCCGCGGUGGUCAACUGGGGUGACAAUGUGGAGUUCACCUGCACCAUCCUGACUGAGCACAUAGGCGGCACCUUCUUGCUGAAAAGGUUACAGGGGUCAUUGAAGCUCCACAAGUAUAGCGAAAGUGAGGGGGCCACCUUCAGCUUGCCAAGAGUAAACUUCAGCCACCAGGGCUCGUACUUCUGCGAGUACCAGAAGAAAGUGGACGGUAACAUAAUCUACUAUCCUCAAGGAGAUCCCAUGGAACUAAUCAUCAAAGUCUCGCUGGAGAAGCCGCUCAUAUCCAUGACCACCUUCCAAGUGAUGGUGAUCUACACCCCUCGGGAGGUGUCAGUCACACGAGGCAGCAGCUUCUCCGUCACAUGCUCCGUCCAUUCCCUGUACCCUCACGGCAUGUUCUAUCUGAAGAACACCAACACCAACGCCACCACUUCCAAGGCAGCGUUCGGACACACCGUUUUUUACGUGGCCUUGUUCGAAUUCCCCGACAUAGAGGACAAAGACCAAGGAGCUUACAUCUGUCACUACGCCGUUAACAUCUCCUCCAAGGCUUUUUGGUCCACACCCUCUAUGUCUCUUUAUAUCAACGUUGUCUCUGCAUCUUCUUCGUCAGUGGUCUCAGGACUGGUGAGUGGGUUGGUGCUCCUGCUGCUAAUUGUCAUUGUGGGUUAUCUGGUCUGGAGAAGACAAAGGCAGCAUGCUGGUACCUUGAUUCAGUUCAGCAACCGAUUUGGAGGAGCCACGAAAGCUUACUCAGAAGACACGGGCAACGGAGGGCUUGAGGACAGGGAUAGCAGCACACCCACCAACGAGGGAGGUGCUCAAAGCCUUCCGACGGACAAGACUGCUGAGGUGGACUCUGAGAACUUCGUGGAGACGGUCCCUGAGGACCUGGCCGGCCGAGUGUGUUAUGAGCUGGAACCACUCGUUUACUCCUGAUGUUGUGUCUUUAAACAUGCCACACUUUACACUACAAAAUAUAUUAACAACGAUAUCGUUCCUCAGCUUUGUACACUGUCUUAAUAUUGCUGGAUUGGUAAAAUUUUAAUAUUUUAUUUUAUUCUUAUUUUAUAAAUAAUACAUUAUGCCUUAAUUGCUUUUUAGUAACCAAGCGCUGCAGCAGGAUUGAUCAGAUUUCUGGUCACGUCACAGAGGUCACUUGUUGCUAGGCGGAUUUCAUGAAGUGUGACAAGUUUAUUCGGACACAAUUUUGCAAUUGAAUCCGUACUAUUAAACAUAAAGUACGUAUUGGAAAGAGCUUUUUAAAAUCAAAUUUAACACCAUAUUUACCUCAGAUAUGCCAAUUAUCAUAAAAUGCAUGAGUGCAAAUAAAAGCCUCCUCUCUACUAAACACAUCACCUAAAGUAAACACCCUCAAUCUCUCUGAAGUCAGGUAAGAUUAAAUGCCUUUGCACAAAUAAAUGUGUUACAUAAUAUUAAACAUGUUGCCUUUGAUGAAUUGCUUCUCUCUAAUAAUUACAAUAAAUGGUUCAUGCUCCGAUGUAAUUUUUAUGAAAACUAUCAAAUUAAUUUGUACAAAUACAAGGCCGCCUCUCUCAUGUUACAUUUUUCAAACAUGCAUACUCUCUAAAGUAAUAUUAAAUAUUACUGUAAAUGCAUUUUAUGGAAAAUAUGAAACAUCUUGCCUCUUAAAAACACCUCCUUUCUAAUAAACUCACAAACUUUAAUAAAUGGCUCACUAAAAUGUAUUUGUAAAAAUUAAAGCCCUCUAUAAAUGCCUUUAUUAAACAUGACAUAGUCUAAAGUACCGUAAUUUGUCGUGUAAAAUGUGCACCCAUGUAUAAUACGCACCCCCAAAGUUGACGUCAUAAUUCUGGAAAACCCUUCUACCUAUGUGUAAUGCGUUUUUACAAUGCAUGAUUUUGCUUCUUCCCAUAUGAUCAGAACAUGAAGUAUUAUCUGUAUUUUGUUAGUUUUUUUUCAAAUAAUUAUUCUGAAGUUAAGCACUUUAUUUGAUCAAGUAAUACUUUAUUUUUAUUUACUUGCUCUUAUUUCACAGCCCUACUUUUAUUUAGUAAAUAAGGAAACACACAUAGCAGAAUUUGUAAGAUGUGUACAAUUCUUUAAAGAAAACAUGAAGGGCGAGGGCGGCACGGUUAGGGCGUCAGCCUCACAGUUCUGAGGACCCGGGUUCAAUCCCCGGCCCCGCCUGUGUGGAGUUUGCAUGUUCUCCCCGUGCCUGCGUGGGUUUUCUCCGGGCACUCCGGUUUCCUCCCACAUCCCAAAAACAUGCAUUAAUUGGAGACUCUAAUUUGCCCGUAGGUGUGGCUGUGAGUGCGAAUGGUUGUUUGUUAGUAUGUGACCUGCGAUUGGCUGGCAACCAGUUCAGGGUGUACCCCGCCUCCUGUCCGAUGACAGCUGGGAUAGGCUGUCAUCGGAUAGGCUCCAGCACGCUGCUGGGAUAGGCUCCAGCACGCCCGCGACCCUAGUGAGGAGAAGCGGCUCAGAAAAUGGAUGGAUGGAUGGAUGAAGGGCGAGGCGAAACACAUUUAAUUUUAUUUUAAUGGGAUUCAAAUUAAACGGUCAAGCAUUUCAGAAAAGCAUUAUCAUUAAACAAAACAUAACCAUAAAGAAAUUAAUGAUGGUUGUUGUUCAGUCAUCAGUCAUAUUAAAAAAUUAAUUAAAAAAAUCACAAAUUCUGCCAGAGUAUGUAAACUUAUGAGCACAACUGUACAUACAUGCAGUCAUUCGUACCCUUCUCAUAUUGGAAUGAAAGUGUAGGCUACAUCUUUUUCAUAACCACAAGGUGCCGGUGGCAUAUUAGAAUGAAAAUGUACACCUUUCUCAUAACCUCGAGGGGGUGGUGGCAUUUUGGAAUGAAAGUAUACAGCUUUUUCAUAACCUCUAGAUGGCGGCAUGCAUUUAUAAAAUGGUAAAGUUUUUUCCAUUUCCCCUUAUACCUAUGAACAAUGCGCACUAUUGAGUUUUGACAAUCUUUGGGGGGGAAAUAUGCGCAUUAUACAUGAGAAAUUACAGUAAAUUAAUACUAAUAUAAAGGGCAUUUGAACAAAUAAAUUACUCCUUAAUAAAUGCCUUCCCUCUAAUCAGCAUCUCAUGCUCUCAGUCGUAAAUACAGUAAAUCCCCUUUCCUCAAUUUGAGGACGUGGGCUGCUUAUAAUACAGUAACUCUUGUGUUAUUUUUUCAACUAUGACUUCAUUGGCUUGAAGUAGUAAAAGCCCCCCGGCCCCCAGCCCCCACCCAUGAAUAUUUUCCCCUCAUUUUUAGUGCUGGAAUUGUUUAUUUUUUUAUUAUGAUUAGCUAUGUUUGUAAAUGCCCACAACAAUAAAACUUUAUUUCUUAUA